AUGAAUCAAAUAAGAGAUAACAGCUAAAUAAGAGUCCUUUUGACUGGUGCUUCUGGCUAUCUAGCAGGACAUGUGCUUAAUAAUUUAUUAGAAAGGGGAUAUAAAGUGAGAGGAACAGUGAGAUCUUUGUAAAACCCAAAGAAAGUAGAUCAUUUAUACAAAAUCAAUCCUUCAAAAAGGAAUAACUUAGAAUUAGUUGAAGCUGAUCUUUCUAAUAAAGAAUCAUGGGAUGCAGUGAUGAAAGAUGUUGAUUAUGUUGUACAUACAGCCUCACCUUUUCCUUAAACUGUUCCUAAAAAUGAAGAUGAUCUCAUAAAACCUGCUGUACAGGGUACAGAAGCAGUUUUUGAAGCUGCUUUAAAACAUGGCGUGAAAAAAAUUGUUAUGACUUCUUCAAUAGCGUCUGUUUUUACAGGAGUAACACAUAAAAAUAGCUUUACGUCAGAUGAUUGGUCUAAUUUAGCUUAAUCUCCUCCAUAUGAAAAAUCUAAGACCUUAGCGGAAAAAAAAGCUUGGGAAAUAUACGAAAAAAAUAGAUCUAAAAUUUAGAUGACUAUAAUAUUACCAGGUUAUAUUCAAGGACCUUCUUUCCAUUCAAAUGAUUAUGUAAGUGCUGAUUUCAUCCUAAAAGUUAUGAAAAACGAACUCCCUGGCAUUCCAAAAGUAAGUUUUGCCACUAUUGAUGUCAGAGAUUGUGCUUUGGCUCAUGUGAUCCCUCUUGAUGAAGAUAAAUUAGAACUUACUAAUGGGAAGAGAUAUUUACUAACUGAAGGUACAUACUGGAUGUAUGACUUAAUUUAGAUAUUAAAAGAAGAGUUCUCUAAGUAUAAGUAUAAAUUUGCAUCGUUCACUGUAGAGAGUAAAUUAUUACUUAGUAUAGCAGGAUGUAUGGAUAAAUAAGUUGAGCUUAUUAAACCUUUUUUCCAAAGAAGAAUAAUUUUUGAUAAUACCCCAACUAUGAAGGACCUUAAUAUUCACUUUAGGUUUCAUAAAACUACAAUUAUUGAAUUCGCAUAUGAUCUAAUCAAAAAAGGUUGUAUCCCAAAUAAAUUACCAAAAGAAGUAUAAAUCAGUCCAGAAUAAAAUUGCUGA